AUGAAUAUGGAUCCCAACUACGUGCAAGAAUUGCACGGAUUGCUGCAACAGGCGAAUGUGCCUGAUACGGCAGUACUCAAAGCUGCGACUGAGGCUCUUCAGUCCCGGUACCUGAAAGAUGGUAAAGCUGUGCCGGCGCUCUUCGAGAUUAUUGCAACGUCCUCUGACCUUGCUGUUCGACAGCUUGCAGCUGUCGAACUUCGAAAGAAACUUGCCAAAAGCACCAAGGUGUGGACGAAACAUCGUGUUGAGAUUCGCGAAAGUGUUAAGAGUAAGCUUCUUGAAAUGAUCGCACAAGAGCAGAAUGCUGCGAUGCGUAAUGCAUUGGCGCGCUUGAUUGCCGAGAUUGCCCGCAAAGAACUUCCGAACCACUCGUGGCCCGCUCUCCUACCGUGGCUGUACGAGUCUGCGACAGCGCCCAAUGCUCUGCAGCGCCAGACUGCCAUGCUUGUUCUGUUUAUUGUACUCGAGACAUUUGUCGAUACAGAGGCUCUGAAGCAUGAGCUCCCCCAUAUCAUGUCUCUCUUUGCAAAGGGUAUCCAGGACCCUGAGAGUUUGGACGUGCGUAUUACGACUGUGCGAGCGUUGAGCAAAGUGGCAGAGAACCUUGAUAUGGAUGAUCAGGCGGAUCUCGCCGCAAUGCAGAGUGCUGUACCACAAAUGCUCAAUGUGUUGCAACAGAGCUUGGACUCGUCGCACACUGAGGGUGUGCGCCAAAUUCUUGAUGUGUUUGAAAACCUUUGCAUGCUGGAGGCUCCUGUUCUGACUACCCACCUUUCUGAGCUGGUGGCUUUCUUCGUACAAAACAGUGCGAACCGCGAGCAUGAAGAGGAUCUGCGUCUCAUGUGUCUGAACUCGCUGGUAUGGACCAUCCAGUACAAGCGCUCGCGUGUCCAGAGCCUUGGUCUUGCAAAGCCCAUGCUCGAGCAACUCAUGCCUAUUGCAACUGAAGAAGAGUCAGACGAUGUCGAAGAAGACACACCUGCACGUCUUGCUCUCCGUGUUAUUGAUCUACUGGCGACAGAGCUGCCGCCUAGUCAUGUCUUCCCGCCGCUGCUGGAGCUGGUGCAAGCCUAUGCAGCUCAUCCAGAUGCUAUGCAUCGCAAGGCUGCAAUGAUGGCAUUUGGCGUCAGUGUUGAAGGUUGCUCCGAAUACAUUCGGCCGCACAUGGACGAGCUGUGGCCGUUUGUUGAAAAUGGCAUGAAGGACUCGUCGUCUGUCGUGCGCAAGGCGUCGUGUAUUACGCUCGGUUGUCUUUGCGAGAUGCUUGAUGAAGAGUGUGCAGCGAAGCAUGCAGUAUUCCUGCCUCUAAUCAUGGAGUUGAUCAACGCACCAGAGACACAGCGCGCGGCAUGCACGGCUCUUGAUGCUCUCCUCGAGGUCAUGGGUGAUGACAUUGGCCAGUACUUGCCGGCGAUCAUGGAGCGUCUCACUGGUCUGCUUGAUACGGCACCUGUAGCAGUGAAGGCCACAAUCACGGGUGCUAUUGGAAGUGCUGCUCAUGCUGCGAAAGAAGGAUUUGUGCCUUACUUUGUACCGUUGGUACAGCGAAUCCAGCCUUUCCUCUUGCUCACCGAGGAAGGCGAAGAAAUUGACUUGCGUGGUAUUGCGACGGACACGAUUGGCACGUUUGCCGAGGCUGUGGGCGCGGAUGCUUUCCGUCCUUAUCUGCCAGAUAUGAUGCGCAUUACUGUUGAGAGCUUGGCCAUGGAUCAACCACGUCUGCGCGAGUGUGCGUACAUAUUCUUUGCAGUGAUGGCACGUGUAUUCAAGGAAGAAUUUGGGCCAUACUUGGAGCAUGUGGUGCCAAAGAUGUUGGCAAGCUUCGAGCAGUCCGAACACGACCCCGUGCCAGGAGCACCCGGCGAUGGUACGGUUCCUGGAUUCGGUGUGCCAGGUGAAAAUGAGGAUGAUGAUGACGAUGACGGUUUCGUGGACAUGGAGGAGCUCGCUAACUCCUUUAUGAAUGUAUCGACAGCUGUGGCGAUUGAAAAGGAAGUGGCGGCUGACUCGCUCGGCGAACUUUUCCAGUACACGCGUGCUGCAUUCCUGCCGUACAUUGAGAAAGCGACCGACGAGUUGAUUUCUCUCACAUCACACUUCUAUCAGGGCAUCCGGAAAAGUGCUAUCGCAACACUGUUCACAUUUAUUUGUACACUCAAUGAACUGAGCAACCCACCAGCUUGGGUGCCAGGCGCAGAUGUCAAGGUGCCACUGAAUUCCGAUGUGCAGAAGAUUGUACAAAUGGUGAUGCCUAGCAUUAUGGAGGCAUGGGAGGCAGAGGAUGACCGUACAGCUGCCAUUGAGAUUUGCCAAUCUCUCGCCACCUGCUUGAACAAGUGCGGACCGGGCGUACUUGCCCCACAGUGGCUCGAGCCGGCGUGCUUGUAUGCGCACCAGAUCCUAGAGAAGAAGUCGCCUGCCCAGCUGGAUCCCGAAGCUGGUGACGAGGGCGAAGAAAUGGAAGACUCAAGCGAGUACGAGUCCGUGCUGAUUAGCGCAGCAACUGAUCUAGUGGGCGCUAUGGCGAAUGUGUUGGGUGCCAGCUUUGUCGAUCCUUUGCGACAGUUCUUGCCGCUUCUUUGCAAAUACUACAGUCCCGGGCGCUCUCAAAGUGACCGAGCCACGGCGAUUGGCUCACUGGGCGAGGUCAUCGUCGGCAUGAAGAGUGCAAUCACACCCUUUACUCAGGACAUUCUCACUGUGCUAUCGCAUUCCAUAACGGACGAGGAAGCAUCUGUGCGCUCCAACUCGGCCUUUGCCGCAGGUGUGCUGAUCGAGCACAGCGAGAUGGACUUGUCGCAACACUACGCCUCGUUGCUGACAGCGCUCCAAAGCUAUUUCGAAAAGCGCGCUGAGGAGGCGGAUGAUCUGAAGACUGCCCGUGAUAAUGCAUGUGGAUGCCUUGCCCGGAUGAUCAUGAAAAAUGCGUCUGCUAUGCCGUUGGACCAAGCCCUACCGAUCUUGUUUGCCUCGCUUCCACUGGAGAACGAUUAUGCAGAGUGGGCACCUGUGCUUCUGUGUUUGAUCCAGCUGAUUCAGACGAACAACCCUGUUGGCAUGCAACACCUCGAUACCAUUCUCCAACUGUUCCGUCACGUGCUCAGCAACGAAGAGGACGUGCUGGGUGGACAGCUGCGUGGCCAACUUGUGUCGUUUGUGUCUCAGCUCCAUACACAGGUGCCGGACAAGACUCGCACGUACGGGUUGGAUGCUUUUCUAGUGUAG